AUGCAGUUGUCCCACAAGGGGGGCAGGAGGAGUGGUCUGUUCGGCCCCUCCACAGCCUCGCUGCCGGCCUUCAGCUCUCUGAGUCCCAGAGCAGAGGAGAGCGACCUGACGCUGAGACCCAGCUGCACCCUGGGACCUGAGGCUGCCAUCGCUGCUGACGCCCCCUCUCCCACAGUGUUGGCCAGGUGCUCGGCCACGCAGGACAUCAGGCAGCGCUGCAGUGACCCGUGUCUGCCUGGGGGGGGCGCUCCGACUGAAGGGGAGAAUCGGAAAGUCUCCACUGAUUCCUCCUCGAGAAAAGAGACGCAGCUGUCCCCCGAGUGGAGCACGCUGCGGAAAAGAACUGAGGACGCUAGGGCUGAUUGUCAUGGACUUCCUCCUACCCCUCAAGUCCAUAUGGGAGCCUGCUUCUCCAAAGUCUUCAACGGCUGUCCUCUUAAAAUCCACUGUGCUGUCACAUGGAUUUUACCAAAGACAAGAGAUCAGUACCUCAUUCUUGGGGCAGAGGAAGGCAUCUACACACUGAACCUGAAUGAACUUCAUGAAGAUACAUUAGAGAAGAUGCUGCCUCAGCGCUGCACCUGGCUGUACGUGAUGAACAACGUGCUGAUGUCUGUCUCAGGGAAGUCCUCCCAGCUGUUCUCCCACAGCCUGCCGGCCCUGUUCGAGCAGAGAGGAGCUCUGCAGAAGAAGACCAGCAGCCUUUCCCUGAACACCAGCCGCUUCACAGAGAGGAUCAGCUCCAGAAAGUUCGCGAUAUCUGUGAAGAUCCCCGACACUAAAGGCUGCAAGAGGUGUAGUGUAGCCAGGAACCCGUACACUGACAGCACGUUCCUCUGCGGGGCGGUGCCCUCCGGCCUGGUGCUGCUGCUCUGGUACGAGCCGCUGCAGAAGUUCAUGCAUCUCAAGCACAUAGCGAUGAAGCUGCCUGACUCCCUGCAGAUAUUCGAGCUGCUGGUCUUGGUGUCCGAUGAGUUCCCCCAGCUGUGUGUGGGGGUGAGGGACUGUAGCAAUGGGAAGAGGCCGCACAGCCAGCAGCUGCAGUUCGACAUAAUCGAGCUGAACAGCACGCCCACUUCAGCUCCAGACAGUGGAGCACUGGGGGCCGUGCAGGUCACCCAGAUGGACAGAGACACUGUCCUCAUCGCGCUAGAAAAAACUGUAAAGAUAGUGAACCUGCGAGGGUUCCCAUCCAAAGAGCUGGCAGCUGAGAUGCUCUUUGACUUCCCAAUCGAGACUCUAGUCUGCCUACAGGACAGUGUGCUGGCUUUCUGGAAGCAUGGCCUUAAAGGGAGGAGUUUUCAUUCAAAUGAGGUUACACAAGAGAUUACAGAUGAGAGUCGAGUUUUCAGAGUUCUAGGAACCAACAGGGACAUCAUCCUUCAGAGCACACCAACAGAUGAGCCCUCAGCCCUGAGCAACCUGUACAUCCUCACCGGACAUGAGAGCAGCUACUGAGAGGAAAGGGAGGCUAUUUCUCCCAAACUGACACUGGAGAGGAGAGUUUCAAAGCUCAGUGGUGUAAAUGGUGUCCAGACACAACUUGAGGGGAAUAUCUCUGUUUGUAAUUCAGUUAGCCGUUCAGACUUCAAGUCACACAUGUACAAAAGAGACCUUCUAAGUGAGUUUAUAACUUUUGUGUGCAAAAGAUUUUCAUGUAGGAAAAAAAUUCAUACUACCAGCUUUAAUCUCAGUGUGACUGCCGCAGGGAAACGUUCCAGUCCUGCUAAUACGUGCGCUACUGUCUACUGAUGUCAUCAUGCUCAAAACAGACUGUAGUAAAGCAUGGUCAUAACAUCUGUGACAGCACAUCUGCAGACUUAUAUCAACCCAUUACAUUAACUAAACUGAAUAACCCUUAAAGAAAUAUUGAUUUGCAUAAAUGACAUGAAAAUGCAAGGGAAAGGAAGUUGAGACUUAUUUCCAUUGGUUGAACUGAAGAUAAAGUGGGUUGCCUUUUUCCGGUUUAUUCACCAUGAUUUCUCCACCACAAUCAUACUUGUGAAAGGGAGACUUGUAUUUUUGGAAAACUUUGAAUAUAACUAAGUUUAUGCUUAAUGAUAAGUUUGUGGCUAAUAGAACCAGAAGUAGCUUUAAUGACGUAAAUACUCCCAGGUUGUCAACAUGGAAAUCCUUCUCCCCUAUACCAUCCAUCCCAUUUUUCCUGAACGCAGCAUAUGUCAUCAUGCCAAAGAAGUAAAUGAUUGUUCUCACUUUAAACAGGGACCAUUUCCAUUGUUUGGUGUGUUGAUUAAUAUGUGAGGUGUUCAAAUUGUAUCAGCCAGUAGCUACCUAUUUCUAUACAAAUAUGAGAGAAGCUCUCUUUAAGAAUAUACAUGAUCUGGCUAAAGCUAGCUCAAAAAAAGAAACAACAUUUCAGUCAUAAUUGCAUUGUCAGUUGAAUAUUUCAAACAGUGUGUGUAACCAUGUACUUACCCAAGAACGAUGAAGGGUCCUUUCAUUGCAGCCAGUUGAGGCCACACACUGCUUUACAUGUGACUCUGUCCCUUAUCCUUAAGGGACUUAAACAUAGGCUAAAUGUACACACAAGCUGCCAUAGAAACUGAAUGCAAUUAAAGUGUACUUCUGCUUGUUUGAUUAAAAUGUAAAUUCCACUA